UGUUGUUGUUUACCGUUUACUAUUAAACUAUUUUCGUUUAAAACUUUACAACUAUUUUCCACCAAGAAGCAGCUGAUCCCUAUACCUUCUUUCCCCACCCAGCCUGAAACUUUGUCCUCUUUAGUGGCGUUGGAUUGGGGCAUUUACGUGAUCGGUGGAUUUAAAGACGGCGAAGAUGUUCGCUCGCCGGAUGUAUUGCUCUUGGACUGUCGUACUAACACUUGGCGUAAAGUUCCUUCCAUGUCGGUUGGUCGUGCUGCAGCAGCGGCUGGAGUUAUAGACGGGAAGAUAUACGUGUUCGGAGGCUGCGAGGAGUUAAGUUCGCCAAACUGGGCUGAAGUGUUCGACCCGAACACUCAAACCUGGGAAACUUUAGUUCCCAUGGAUGAUCGGAACGAAGGUGAUAAUGUCAUCCGCGAGACGCUGGUGAUGGAUAAGAAGGUAUACGCAGUGGACUUCUGGAGCGGAAGCUUGUUUUACUACUCGCCGGGUGACGGCAAAUGGGGAAGGAAGAAGAUACCAGAACAAGUCCAGAGUUACUACUGUGUGAUGGAGAAAGUGUUAUAUGGUUGUGAUGAAGUAGGGAAUGUGGUUUGGCGGGAUUCAGAGGAACUGGAGUGGAAGAGAGUGAAAGGUUUAGAGGCUCUACAGUGGAAGCGUGUAAGGAAGCUUAGCAUUUUCGGCGUGAACAUUGGGGUCUUUUGGGUUGGGCUUAGGGGAGAUGUUUGGUGUGCUGAGAUUUCUUUGGAGAGACGUGGCAAGGAAGGUGAGAUUUGGGGAAGGAUUGAGUGGUCGGAAGCUGUCGCCACAUUUUACCGUAGCUUCACUCGUACCAAGGUUGAGGUUUUGUAUGCGGCCGCUGUUAACGUCUAAAACGAAUUAAUCAGUUGACAAAAAGGUGUGUGUGUGUGUGUUUGGGGAUAUUUUAUUUUCCUUUCUCUGGGUGUUGCAUCUUCAUAUUCUAGUUCGUAAUAAUUAAUAUGUUUUGUAUGAUUUAAAUGCUUUCCUUCUCUGUGUGUUGUCAAUGUCUAAUAAGAUGAAAAUCACAACUCUCUUAA